GCCUUGCAAAUCGAGAACAGCGAGGAGACAGACCAGGGGAAGUAUGAGUGCGUGGCGUCUAACGUGGAAGGCGUGCGCUACUCGUCCCCUGCCAACCUUUAUGUGCGAGUCCGGCGGGUGCCUCCUCGCUUCUCCAUUCCACCAACAAGUCAGGAAAUAAUGCCAGGCGGCAGUGUGAACAUAACAUGUGUGGCAGUGGGGUCCCCCAUGCCUUAUGUCAAGUGGAUGCUGAACACUGAGGAUUUGACACCAGAGGAUGAGAUGCCAGUGGGCAGAAAUGUUCUUGAACUGAGCAGCGUCCGUGAGUCAGCCAACUACACCUGUGUCGCCAUGAGCAGCCUUGGCAUCAUCGAAUCGGUGGCCCAGAUCACACCUCCGGGUACCCCUGUGGUUACUGAAACCACUGCAACUAGUGUGACCAUUACAUGGGACUCAGGAAACCCAGACCCUGUAACUUACUACUUCAUACAGUAUAGGGCAAAGUCCCCAGACAGCAAGUAUGAGACGGUAGACGCCAUCACCACUACACGUUACAGCAUCGGGGGCCUCUACCCCAACACGGAAUACGAAAUCCGUGUCUCUGCCGUCAACACAAUCGGCCAGGGUCCACCCAGUGAGCCUGUUGAAACCCGCACAGGAGAACAAGCCCCCGCAAGCCCACCGAGAAAUGUUAAGGCACAGAUUCUUCCUCAGAACACUAUGAUGGUGCAGUGGGAAGAACCAGAGGAGCCCAACGGGCAGAUCAAGGGCUACCGGGUUUAUUACACGAUGGACGACUCCCAGCCCAUGAGUCUGUGGCAGAUCCAUAAUGUCCAGGACAGCAUCAUCACCACUAUCCAGAGUCUAGUCCCUCAAGAGACAUACACCAUCAGAGUCCUUGCAUUCACCUCCGUGGGUGACGGACCAUUCUCAGAGCCCAUUCAUGUGAAAGUAGUGCAAGGAGUUCCAGGUCAACCAUCCAAAUUUCAGGUUGGUGCCGUGUCUGACACCAGCAUUGAACUCACCUGGGAACCGGCCUAUGAUAAAGAGGGAAUUAUAAAUUACGAACUGCGCUACACAGAAGGCAGUUUUGGCACCAGGAUGAAGAAAACCUUUGGACCUACAAAAUCAUAUGUUGUGGAAGGUCUCCGCCCCAAUACAGAGUACCGCUUCUCCUUGGCAGCCAUCUCAAACAAAGGCAUUGGAGCCUUCACAAAUGAAAUUUCACAGAAGACCUUACAAGCCAAACCCUCAGCUCCCCCUCAAGAAAUUAAGUGCCGCACCACCAGCUCUACCAGCCUGUUGGUAAGUUGGCGCCCCCCACCUGUGGAGAGUCAAAAUGGUGACCUGGUGGGGUAUAAGGUGCUUUACCAGGUGGUUGGCCCAUCAGAAGGGGCCGGUGACAACACGGAUCUCAUAGAGGAGCCCGUGGUGCCCCCAACUGAAGAGCAGGUGUUGCUACAGCGACUUGAGAAGUGGACCCAGUACCGUGUCACUGUGUCUGCCUCCACUAUGAUUGGGUCAGGCCCAGAGAGUGAGGCCCUGAUCUGUCGGACAGAUGAAGACGUGCCUGGCGCUCCACCGAGGCGGGUGGAGGUGGAGGUCCUCAACUCCACUGCGAUUAAGGUGAUGUGGCGUUCCCUCACACCUGGCAAGCAGAAUGGUCAGAUCCGUGGCUACCAGGUUCAUUAUGUGCGUGUGGAAAACGGGGAGUCACGGGGCCUGCCGCUCAUCAAGGAUGUCAUGCUUGCAGAUGCUCAGGAAAUGGUCAUUGGAGGUCUCAAGCCAGACACGACUUACUCCAUCACAGUGGCGGCAUACACUACCAAGGGGGAUGGCGCUCGAAGCAAGCCCAAACUGGUGGUGACCAAAGGGGCAGUGCCUGGUCCACCCUAUCUGUCAGUGGCUCAAGACUCAAAGACAUCCGCUGUCGUUCACUGGGAUCCUCCAGACCUGACCAAUGGAAUGGAUCUGCAAGGAUACCGGCUCCAGUUUGGUCGAAAAGAUCUCCCUUUGGCCACUCUAGAGUUCGCUCCCCAGGAGCGCCAGUACUCUGUGGGCAACAUUCACCGGGGGACCACUUAUAUCUUUAAAAUCUCAGCCAAGAGCAGAGGGGGCUUUGGGGAAGAGGCUUUGGCCGAACUCUCUGUUCCCGAGAACACACCAGGGGGAUACCCCCACAUUAAUGAAGGCUCCAACGUGACAUGCUGCUCAGUGAAACUGUCCUGGUCUCCACCCGUGCUGGCGGAGAGGAAUGGGGUCAUCACAGAGUACACUUUGGCCUAUAAAGAAGCGGGUACUGGAGAAGCACCACAGGAACUCCACUUGCCUCCCAGCCUAUCCAGCUAUGUGCUCAACAGCCUCAAACCGAACUCGGCAUAUGACGUGAAAAUUCGCGCACACACCAGUGUAGGUCCUGGGCCCUACAGCCCACCUAUCCAGUAUCGGACGGUGGCCAUUGAUCCAUCAGAUGUUCCAAAGAAUUUCACCGUAAAGUGGGCCACAAAGACCACAGUAGUUCUUGCUUGGAAAUUUACUAAAAACUCGUCCCCAUACAAAUGCACGAUUGAGUACAACCGUCAGAAGAUUGAUGUGGAUGCCAGGCAGAUGAGGGCCUACAUAACUGGGCUGAGACACAACACUACUUACGAGUUCAGGGUGACCUGCCAAGAAAGCGUAGAUGGUGGGCCUCGGCAUCGCGUGGUGGCCCAGACUGCGCCUCUCAUCCUGGCCAAGAAACCCAAGCUGGACAUCUAUGCUGAGUCGGAAAGCGUGCUCACCAUGUCUUUCCCAUCAGUCAAUGGCAAGGAUGUCAAGAGCUUUUAUGUGGUAGUUGUACCACUGAAGAAGUCUCCAGGAACUGUUAAAAACCUGAAAAACCCUGAUGAAAUGGACAUGGAAAAACUGUUGGGAGAGGUGAUCCCGAAGCGUCGUUCACGCCGUCAACUGGCUCAGCUGGACCAGGCGGACCCCUACAUCACCGCCUGCUUCAGGCAGCUUCCUUCCAGCUUCACAGUGGGAUCUGACCACCACCACAGCACCUGUGAGAAUAAGCCUCUGAGACCUGGUCAAGAGUAUGUCUUCUUCCUAAUGGCUGAGCUAAAUGCCACUGCAGGGAAAAUGUUUGCAACAAGUCCCUACACCGACACUGUGAUGACUCCCGAGCUGGUGGGUGACCCUUUGCCAGUUGAGCCUAGUGAUGGACUCAUAUGGGUAGUGGGCCCUGUCCUGGCUGUGCCGCAAAAGAAAAGAAUCAGAGCCACGCACGAAAUGUCUACUGAACAAUGCAGACAUUACCCCCCACCACCCUACAGAUCCCAUUCUGGUCUAAGCAGUCCUCAGAGUGAAGCAGAUUUUGACUAUGAAAGGAUGAUGAAUCAUCCCCCUAUUCCUAUCUCAGAGCUGGCUGAGCACACAGAACUUCUCAAGGCUAACGACAACCUCAAACUCUCCCAGGAAUACGAGUCCAUUGAUCCAGGUCAGCAGUUCACCUGGGAGCACUCCAACCUGGAGGUGAACAAACCCAAAAAUCGUUACGCCAACGUCAUCGCCUACGACCACUCCCGUGUCAUCCUGGCUCCCAUAGAUGGUAUAACUGGUAGUGACUACAUCAAUGCCAACUACAUUGAUGGCUACAGGAAGCAGAAUGCCUACAUAGCAACCCAAGGUCCAUUACCAGAGACAUUUGGGGACUUCUGGAGGAUGGUGUGGGAACAGCGAGCAGCCACUGUCGUCAUGAUGACCAGGCUGGAGGAGAAGUCACGGAUCAAGUGUGACCAGUACUGGCCCAGUCGUGGAACCGAAACCUACGGCAUGACCCAAAAUGGCUCGAGUGAGAAGCGAGAAGUUCGUCAGUUCCAGUUCACAGCAUGGCCUGACCAUGGUGUGCCAGAAUACCCAACCCCAUUCCUGGCCUUCCUUCGUAGGGUGAAGACUUGUAACCCGCCCGAUGCCGGACCCAUCAUUGCUCACUGCAGUGCGGGUGUUGGCAGAACAGGCUGCUUUAUAGUAAUCGAUGCCAUGCUUGAGCGUAUCAAGCACGAGAAGACAGUCGACAUUUACGGCCAUGUGACACUGAUGCGCUCACAGCGGAACUACAUGGUGCAGACAGAGGAUCAGUACAGCUUCAUUCAUGAUGCUCUGCUGGAGGCGGUUGCCUGCGGAAACACUGAAGUGGCUGCCCGGAGCCUGUACUCCUACAUCCAAAAGCUGGCCCAGGUGGAGAGCGGCGAGCAUGUCACUGGCAUGGAGCUAGAGUUCAAGCGUCUGGCCAACUCCAAAGCCCAUACAUCACGCUUCAUCAGUGCCAACCUCCCCUGCAACAAGUUCAAGAACCGGCUGGUCAACAUCAUGCCCUAUGAGACCACACGUGUCUGCCUGCAGCCAAUCAGAGGCCUGGAAGGAUCUGAUUACAUCAAUUCUAGCUUUAUUGAUGGAUAUAGGCAGCAAAGGGCUUACAUCGCCACACAGGGCCCUCUGGCAGAGACUACAGAAGACUUCUGGAGAAUGCUCUGGGAGAACAACUCCACUAUUGUAGUCAUGUUGACCAAACUGAGAGAAAUGGGACGGGAAAAGUGUCAUCAGUACUGGCCGGCAGAGCGGUCCGCCAGAUAUCAGUACUUUGUGGUGGAUCCCAUGGCAGAGUAUAACAUGCCUCAGUACAUCCUCCGAGAGUUUAAGGUCACAGAUGCAAGGGAUGGUCAGUCCAGAACUGUGAGGCAGUUCCAGUUUACUGAUUGGCCUGAGCAAGGUGUGCCCAAAUCAGGGGAGGGAUUCAUAGAUUUCAUUGGCCAGGUGCAUAAAACCAAGGAGCAGUUUGGACAAGAUGGACCUAUCUCUGUUCACUGCAGCAUUGUCCUUGAAAGAAUGCGUUAUGAAGGUGUGGUGGAUAUCUUCCAAACAGUGAAGAUGCUCCGGACGCAGAGGCCAGCGAUGGUCCAGACUGAGGAUGAGUACCAAUUCUGCUAUCACGCAGCUCUGGAGUACUUAGGAAGCUUUGAUCACUAUGCAACG